AUUCCACCUUUUGGAAAGUUUUCAGUUCUCAAUGCAUAAAGUAUUCGUCUACAUUAUUCAUUAGAAUACACACAGUUAAAUAAAAGUCCUAUCUCAUUUAAAAUAGAAAAGUCAGUGUUCGGAUAUAUUGGUUCAUUCAAAGAUCCUGAGUAAAUUUGCAGCGUAAUACUGUGACUACAUAAAAGUGAUGGUCAAAUAAAUAUGUGGGUAAAUGUUAUAUCGAAGAGAUUUAUUAAAAUGGAAUUUAACAUUUACAUUAUAUCAACAUUUAUAUGCAACUUAAUUUUUGUACAAUCAAAUAUGACACCAAAUGACCCUGAACUGUUGGAACAACUAUGGAUUCAGUUAUAUCGUUACCUACCAGGUCCAUCAAUGGGACCAAAGCUAUCUUCUGAUUUAUCUACGAAUAUUGAGCUUUCUGUAAGCAUCGAUAAUUUGGAAUUAUUAUAUCAUAAAAAUCAAUUGGUUUGCCGUGCAAGUCUAACAUUGUUUGCUGAGUGGCCAGUAACUGAUUCAAGAGUCACUGAAAGUACUUUGGUCGAUAUGGCCGGAGGUGGUGUUCGACUUGAUGUGGACAAAGUAUGGCAUCCUCAAUUAGUUAUUAAAGGUGCAUUCAGACAUGAUCGUUUUCAUCAACGUUUAGAGUUGCGUAAUCUAUAUGCUGGGAGUAAUUCAUUCUCUAAAUCAACAAAUCCCACAAAUUCCUUGAAUAGAGCGCAAGCAGGGCUAGCUGCACGAGGAUUACCUAACGAAUCGUCAAUUCAAUCAAUCCGUUCUCAUAAUCGUGCUAAAACGUUGAAGGUGGUUCCGGAUGGAGAUGGGCCAAAUUAUUCAUUCAUGGAAAGCAUCGUCGUGGAAGUUCCAUGUCAAGAGCCAAAAAAAUUCCAUCAUAUUGGUGCUAUUGUUUGUCCAAUAUGGAUAAAACAAGAAGGCUUCAUGAAAACACAACCGAUCAUCAAGUGGACUGAACGUAAAUGUUGUCUGCUCUCAAAUGAUGUACAAAGAAAAUCAUCUUAUCUAAGUGUGACAAAACGCUAUGAUGAACAUAUUGAUAAAUCUGGUCCAGAUCAAAGUCUUGGAAUUAAUAUUUGUUUUUCACAAAGUGGCAGAAUAUUACAAGGUAGUUUACCUCCAAUGCUACUUGUAUUAAUUUCUAUUAUACUACUAUGGACAAAUCAACUGGGUACACAUAAUCUUAGUUGUACACAAUUAAUUCUAUUUUUAUUUUCAAUUUCAUUUUGGCUGUGGAUGAAUGAACAAAACUUAAAUAAUUCUAAAUUAUCUGGAUUUCUUAAUGUAUGGUGUUUAAUGUGUUCAAGUUCAAUUUGUUUAAUCUACUUAUUUGUUUUAAUUCAUCAUCGGUUUGUUUGUCGAUUUCUUCAACGAAAAUAUCAACAUUUGAAUCGUUUGUCGUCAUUUGGCUUGAAUCAGAAUAAAACAACCACAACAGGUUUUAAUGCAGAGGGUCCAGUUAAUGAACGAAUGAAUGGACCAGGAUUAAUACAAACUUAUGGGUGCUGUGGAAAUUGUGGUGGAUGCCCUGAUUCAUGUACUAGUUGUGUAGCAGGAAGAACCAGUACAGGAUUUAUUUCAUCAAAUGGUACAGCCGUUUGUUAUAGUAACAGUAGUUGUGGUCUAUCUGGUGGAAGUGGUCAUGCAUGCCAAGCCAUACCAAUAUUGCAAACAAAUCCAUCUGCAAACAAUAGUCCUGGACCUCUAGGAUUUACACAAGCAAUGGGCCAAUCAACCAACAAGAGAGAGAACUAUGGUGACAAUUAUUUAUGCUCAGGUAGUUCAGAAUCCGGUAAUGGAGUUAAUAAUGGAACAUUUCGUGGAUUAAGAUGGAGAAAUUCCCGAAGAGUUAAUAAUGUCAACUUAUUGGGUGGGGAUUUAAAUCAACCUGAUUGUCAUGUAUGCCAGUCACAUUUUCUCACUGAUAAUAAUAAUGAUAAUCAUGCUAAUUUAUCAUCAUCUCCUACAGCUGCUGCUUUCAACGUAUUUUGUCGACAUCAGCAUUUGUGCAGUUCAUCUGUAACACCAUGCAUAAAUGUACAUAACUUUAAUGUAAAUAAUUAUCCUUCAUCUUAUUGUUUAACAGGAUUGAAAACUUUAAUAACUGUAUGCUUUUGUAUAAUGAGUACUAUUUACUGGAUAAGUAUAUUUGCACAAGGUACAUUACCUGAAACAUGUUUAGGUAUAUCUCUAUGUCAAAUCAUAGAAACGAAUCGUUCAUAACUCAUCCAAAAGAAGAUAUUGACAAACUUUCUAAUUGUAAAUAGAAAACAAAUUAAAGUGAAUUUUGAUAAUUUAAUCUUUUCAAACAAUUUUAAAGUAAAACAGAACUAUCUUCAAAUACAUUAAUAUUGUAAUCCAUAUGCAUUUGCAUAUACAUUUAUACUAUAAAUUCUAUCCAAUUUUUAUUUCCUUAUGAUGACAUGAUUGUUUCUUGUCAAAUUUGACCAAAAAAAUUAGUGAGUUCAUUUAAAGUAUUACUGAUGAAAAGAAAUCAGUAGUCUAUACAUAUAUCUUCUAAAGUUCAUUAUAUUGUUCAAUAUAAUGAAUUGGAAAUAUAAUACAAUGUAAACCUACCCCCCCCAUAGUAUUUUACUUCUUUUUAAAACAUUUGGUUUUAUGGUGCUUUUUUUUAAAUGACAACUUUAUAAAGUAAACUAAACAUUAUGACAGGAAAUGAAUCUAUUUCAUUCUUGUGUACUAUAAUUCCUUUAUAUAUAUAUACACGCAUUUUUAUCAUUAAUGUAUAAUUUGUUUGUUUGUUUUUAAUACAGUUGGAUGGCAACAUUGU